UGGUAGCCGUACCUGCCGCACCCAAAAAUGGCGCCCAGCUUGAGAAAAAGUUGUAGGUAAAACAAAGACUACUUCUGGACAAUCCCGCCACUUCCUGGCCGCAUACCACAUGCUAAUUAGACCUUCCCCUGCUAACCAAUUGGUGUAUCAUAGCAGCUAUGCUAAUAAAGCAUCACAAGCAGCGCGCAAUCAGCUUAGAGCAUGAGAACUAUAUAGCUAGCCCAGUCUUCCCCUUUGGGUCUUUCCCUUGAUGAUUGUAUCACAAAAGAGCUGAAGAUUAAAGCUUUCUGCAGAAGAAUCCUGCUGUUGUUGCGUGCUGUUCUUGCUGGCGAGGACGGGGCGCGCGACAGGUGGUGCCGAAACCCGGGACUCAGAACAUCACCGGCACAGGGAGGACCCUUCAGACAUCUGGAGAGGAUUCAGAACUGCAGGACGGAAGAAAGCCCGGAGAGGGUGAAGAAAACCCCUUCUGGAUCCCGGAACGCCUGACCAGGAAAGUCCUGAACAAAGGAGAUGGCGUCUCUGUGCCUGUGGAUCCUGAUCUUGUCGAUGGGAAUCCUGACUCAGGGAGUACUGAGAUGGGGAAUAUUGUCAGUCUUCCCUAAGCCCAUGCCUGUUCGCUAUAAUGCAGCAGUUUUUCCACGCUUUUUUACUACUAACUCUAGCAUGAACCUGCCUUAUUUGCCAUUAGAUUCCCUAGCAGCUUCUUUAGGAGAAAACCGAACCUUUGAAACCGAUGGAUCUUUGUGCUUCACCACUCGUAACCACUCAAAUUGCCUGUCCCUUAAACAGCAUAUGUACGGGUGGUUUAGCCGUGAUAGGAAAUCGGGUGAAUUUAGUCAGUCCUUUCGUGAGAAUAAGACCUACACUAAUGCAGUAGUAAGCCUAAAGGUCCUUUGGAUUAAUGGUACAUUUAUGAAACCUCCUAUUAAGCAGAUUAACUAUAGCAACAUAUUCUUCCCUUACCGUCCCCGUCAACCCAAAUAUGCUCCCCAUUGUGUGGGAGAUUAUGAGGGAGAACAAUGGCCCUGGACUGAUUGCCAGUCACAUGCUACAACCUGGGCAGAUAAGGGACACAAAUUUUCCUUGUCCCCAGAUAUGGAGGAAAUUUCCGGCAGUGUUUAUAGAAGGGUGGCAGAAGGAGGAGAGUUCCAACAAGAUGUAGGCAGGAACCCCUUCGAUAAAUGGCUGCUGUGUGGAGUUAAUGGUUCAUGUUCAGACCUUUCUCCCUUUAUUGUCCUACAAGGGGGAGGGAUCGGGAUGUCUGAUAGUUCCUGUACCUACGAAACUACAAGCCCAGCCUUAAAUGGCAAGACUGUAUACCAGGUGAAUAAGACUACUUAUAAUAUUUCAUGUCAAAGAGUUGCACCAGCCCCUGGCCAAUAUCCACCUACUCCGGUAUGCGUGUAUCCCCCAUUUCUAUUUAUCUUAUCCAAUAACAGUUUUGACUCUUGCUCCAAUGACACUUGUUUCUUGUCUCAGUGCUGGAAUAUAACUGUCCAUUCCAAUGCUUUAGUGGCCCGCAUUCCUCGCUGGGUCCCUGUCCCAGUAGAUUCACCUGAUUCCAUGACCUUGUUUCGUGAGAAACGUGACUUUGGUGUCACUGCUGCCAUAGUGGCCUUAAUAUCUCUGGCUGCAGUGGCUGCCACUGCAGCUGCCAUAGCCUUGGACACCUCUGUUAAAGCAGCUGCAGAAUUGAAUAAUCUUGCGGAUUCAGUAGCCACUGCUCUGGACCGCCAAUCCUCACUUGAUGGAAAGAUGAAAGGAGGAAUUAUGGUCCUCAAUCAGCGGGUAGAUCUAGUGGAAGAGCAACUAGAUGUGCUCUGGCAGUUAGCCCAAUUGGGAUGUGAGCGAAAGUUUCGCGCUCUCUGCAUUACUAGCAUACAAUAUGAAAACUUUACGCGAGCAGCUAAUCUGUCACGAAGCCUGUCCCAAUAUCUUUCAGGGAACUGGUCCCAAGACUUUGAUGGAACGUUAGAAGAGCUACGGCAAGAAAUAACCCACAUCAACUCCACCCGGCUAGAUAUCUCCGUAGCAAAAGGACUCUCUUCCUGGUUCCACAGAGCUCUCUCCCACGUUAAAGAGUGGGCGGGCAUGGCUGGGAUGGGUGUAUUCAUGCUUGGAGGUCUCAUGCUCCUACUCUGGUUGUUAUGCAGGCUUCGUGCCCAACACAGGCAAGAUAAAGUGAUCCUUGCUCAAGCCUUGAUGGCGGUAGAUAUUGGCGCCUCUCCCCAAGUAUGGCUCAAUAUGCUCAACAAAGAAGCUCAGCUUUAGCUUGAGGUAGCCCUUGCACCCUGAGCCUUUGUGGCAUUGCACCAGGCUAAGGUACCUGUUCGCUUACCCGAAGCUUCUCAUACGAAACUCGGUACAAGAGGGUCACUGCACAGGCCCAAGCCCGUUGUACCGGGCGGUCCCACCGUCAGCUAGAGGGUGCGAGGCACUGCACUGCAAGAGGUCAUGGGCCCCUCUGUGAGACAUGCCUGAUUGCAUGGGGGUGGAUGUCUACAAACCCCUCUCCGAAAAUAGGACAUCAAAUGUUUCUGGAGAUCAGGCCUCUAUCUCCACCUCAGCUGACAAGUUCCGCCCCGAGUUUCAACAAAACAAAAAAGGGGGAGCUGUUGGUAGCCGUACCUGCCGCACCCAAAAAUGGCGCCCAGCUUGAGAAAAAGUUGUAGGUAAAACAAAGACUACUUCUGGACAAUCCCGCCACUUCCUGGCCGCAUACCACAUGCUAAUUAGACCUUCCCCUGCUAACCAAUUGGUGUAUCAUAGCAGCUAUGCUAAUAAAGCAUCACAAGCAGCGCGCAAUCAGCUUAGAGCAUGAGAACUAUAUAGCUAGCCCAGUCUUCCCCUUUGGGUCUUUCCCUUGAUGAUUGUAUCACAAAAGAGCUGAAGAUUAAAGCUUUCUGCAGAAGAA